GCGCAUCCAGGGCCAGCGCGACGUGGGGCUGUCGCAGCGCGGGCGGGUGAUGGCCAGCGGCUGGCGCCUGCCGGCCGACCUGGCCGGCCACCGCUGGCUCAGCUCCACCCUGGCGCGGGCGCGGGAGACCGCGCACCUGCUGGGCCAUCCCGAGGCGACGCCGCUGGCCGCGCUGAACGAGAUGCACUGGGGCGCUUGGGAGGGCGAGACCCUGGCGGCGCUGCGCGCCCGCCACGGCGCGGCCAUGGCCGCGAACGAGGCGCGCGGCCUGGACUUCCGGCCCACCGGCGGGGAGAGCCCGCGCGAGGUCCAGGCACGGCUGCGCCCGCUGCUCGCGCGGCUGGCGCGGGAGGGGCGGCCGAGCGUGGCCGUCGCCCAUCGGGGGGUGAUCCGCGCGCUCUACUGCCUGGCCAGCGGCUGGGACCUGACGGGAAGGCCCCCGGUGGACUUCGACCGCGAGUCGAUGCAGCGUUUCCGCCUGUCUCGCGACGGUAGACUUGCACUUGACCGGCUCAACGAGCGGAUGCGCGCCGCGGCGCUGGCCCGAGCCUGCGCCGCGCGCGGCCUGUCGGUGGCGCUGGUCUCGGGCGGCCGGCCGCUGCGCCACCUGGAGCUGGGCCGGGCCCGCCUGAUCCAGCUCGAGCCCUGGCUGCGCAGCCGCGACGAGAGCUUCGCCGCGCUGAUCGGUCCCGGCGACCGGCCGCUCGACGCGGCCCUGCAGGCUGCGCGGCGGGCGCGGCUGCUGGAGAUUCUGGAGGCCGAGGCGCCGCGGGUGCUGGUGACCGAGCACUACCCCUUCGGCCGGCGCAAGCUGCGCUUCGAGCUGGAGCCGCUGCUGUGCGCGGCGCGCGCGCGCCGGCCGCGACCCUGGCUGGUCGCCUCGGUGCGCGACCUGCUGGUGCGCAAGCCGGCGGAGAAGACCGCCUGGAUGGCCGAGGCGGCGGCGGCCUACGACCGCAUCCUGGUGCACGGCGACCCGGCGCUGAUCCCCUUCGAGGCGAGCUUUGCCCAGACCGCCGCCCUGGGCGAGCGGCUGACCUACAGCGGCUACGUGCUGGAGGCGGGCCGGCCGCUGCGCCGGCCGCCGCGCGGCGAGGUGCUGGUCUCCGCCGGCGGCGGCGCCUUCGGCCUGGCCCUGCUGACGAGCGCGCUGGUCGCCCGGCCGGCCAGCCGGGCGCGCGACCUGCCCUGGCGGCUGCUGGUCGGCGACAAUCUGCCCGAGGCGGACUUCCUGGCGCUGCGCCGGGCGGCGCCGGCCGGGGUCAAGGUGCAGCGCGCGCGGCCCGACUUCCCGGCCCGCCUGCAGACCUGCGCCCUGUCGAUCAGCCAGGGCGGCUACAACACCACCGUGGCGGUGCUGCACGCCGGCUGCCCGGCGGUCAUCGUCCCCUACGAGGCCGACGGCCAGAGCGAGCAGCGCGAACGCGCCGAGCUGCUGGCGCGGCGCGGCUGGCUGACCUGCGCGGCGGGGGGCGACCGCGACCCCCUGGCCCUGGCGGCGGCGAUCGACCGCAGCCUGGCGGCGCCGGCGCCCGCGGGCCGGCCGGAUUUAUCCGGCGCGGCGACCACGGCCGAGCCGUCAGGAAGGAGCAGAGUCAGCGGCGCGAUGAGCGAUCUCGACACCGCCUUUUAUCGGUAUCCGCCGCGGGCGUUGGUGGGCGAUUACAUCCGGUCCGGCGUGGGCACGGCCUUCGGCCUGGUGGUGCUCGCGACCAACCCGGUGAACCCCUGGCUCCUGGGCAUCUUCGGAUCGCUCUCGGCGGCCUUCGCCCUGUUCGGCCUGCGCACCCUGCGCCAUCACCUGACCGAGGUCGCGGUCAACCCCGAGGGCGUCUUCGUCAAGGACAUCGGCACGCGCGGCCUGGCCUGGCCGGCGCUCGACCAGGUCAAGCUGCGCUUCUACGGCACCCGCCGGCAGGCGCGCGGCGAGCGGGUGUCCGGCGGCGGCUUCCUGCAGCUCACCCUGCGCGGCGGGGGGCGCAAGCUGGUCUUCGACUCCACGCUGCUGGGCUUCAAGGACGUCGCCUGGCACGCCGCCCGCGCGGCCCGCGAAAAGGACCUGCCGCUCGACCCCACGACGGCGGGCAACCUGCUGGACAUCGGCGUCGAUGCCGACAGCGACGCGCCCCACCGCCAGUCCGCCGCCGGCGCGGCCGGCCCCGGCGGGCCCCCUCUGCUGGAGGUGCGCGACCUGGAGAUCGCCUUUCAUCUGCCCGAGGGGCGGCUGGAGGCCGUGCGCGGCGCCAGCUUCAGCGUGCCGGUCGGCGGCACCGUCGCGCUGGUCGGCGAGUCCGGCUCCGGCAAGUCGGUGAUCAGCCAGGCGAUCAUGGGCAUCCUGCCCAAGCCGGCGCGGAUCACCGGCGGCGCGAUCCUGUUCACCGACCCGGCCGAGGGGCCGCAGGCGCAGCCCCAGGACAUCGCCAAGCUGGCGCCGGCCGGGCCGCGGAUGCGCGCCCUGCGCGGCGGGCGCAUCUCGAUCAUCUUUCAGGAGCCGAUGACCUCGCUCUCGCCGGUGCACACGGUCGGCGACCAGAUCUGCGAGGCGCUGCUGCUGCACCGCAAGGUCGACCCGCAGCAGGCGCGCGCGGCGGCGGCGGAGACCCUGCGCCUGGUCGGCUUUCCCGAGCCGGCGCGCGCGCUCAAGACCUAUCCCUUCGAGCUGUCCGGCGGCCUGCGCCAGCGG